UUUUAGAUCCAGUUGAAAAUGUGGAUAAAAAUAAUUUCUUAAAGAUGUUUAAUGAAAGGCCAUCAAAAGAAAUUAUAGUGUUAGGAUCAUGAAAAGAAUCGAGAAAAUUGGAAUAUUUUUAGAGUUUAAAAGAAACUGGCAAAACGUUGGUACUUUAGACAUCUUUGGAAAUGUAAAACCUUAGAGGGAUUUAAUUUGGAGUCAAGUGGGAAAUUUGGAAAAACUGGAAAUUAGGGAGAGUUUGGGGGAAAUGUAUAAUUUUUUUAAAGAAAUUAGAAACUGACACAAUUUGAAGUUCUAGAGAAUAAGUGAGAUUCAGAUAACAGUGACAUUUGAAAACAAUCAUAAAAAGUGGGAACUUUUUAUAAACGGGACCCAAAUUUUGCUGCAAAAUUUUGAAAAUGAAAAUAAUUUUUUUCUUUUUCUCCCCCCCCCAAAAAAGUUUUUGUUUUUUCUUUUCUUGUUGAAUCUGGCCCACGAUUUUCUUGCUUUUGGGGUUUUUUUUUCUUUCUUUCUUCUUUCUUGAUCUCUUUUUUGUUGUCAUUAUUGUUUUUGAAUUCUUCUUGCCCCUUGCCUCUACCCUUCCCUGCCCUGCCUUGCACCCCUCUGCCUCCCCUUUCCCCCCACACUGGGAGAGUGGUGGUGCUGGGCUGGGGAGGGCAUGUUGGGGAGAGGGGAUGAGCACUAGGAACAGAGGGUACAGAUGUGGUUUUGAAGAAAAGGUAACUGAUUUAAAGAAACAAUCCUGUGAUAUAGUAGAUGGUAGAUGGGUAGAUGGGAGGAUUUGUGUUCUUCAUUGGAAAUGUUGAUAGUUGGGAGAGAUGAGUUGGAGAUAGAAAGCAAGUGAAAAAACAGGAAAGUCUUAUUAGUAAGAGCACUGACAUGUGAAUCAGAAGGCCUGAGAUGUAGUUUUUGCCGCUAAGUCACACCCAGUGUGGACAUAGAAAAGUUACUUCUCUGGGCCUCUGCUUCCUCUUUUGAAAUAAAUCGUUUAAUUAGAAGAUGUUUCUAAGGUCCCUUCCAGCUCUGACAUUUCUAUGCUUCUCUGACCUAGAAUGAAGAAUUGGGAGAGGGGAGGUAAAAAGACAAAGGAAGGUAUAGAUAAUGAGAAAUGGUUCAGUCUUGUCCAAGAGCAAGGUGGAAGAUGUUUCCACAAUUUGUUGAAGAUGAUCAGGAAGUUAUAAUAGGAAGUGCACUUUAGGAAUUGGAUGAAGUUUUAACAAGGAGACCUAAGAAAGCAAGUAGAUAAAAAUUUGUGGUAGCAAGUAUGUCAGACUUGUGAAGUUUAAGUUUAAGAGAGCAGUUUAAGAGACUUCAUGUCUUUUUUUUUUUUUUUUUUUUUUUUUGAGUAUCAAGAUCCUGGGGAAGAAUGGGGUUUCUGCAGGAAAGAGAAGAGCAUGUUAGAGAAUUGUGAUAUAGACAUCCGGGACUCGGGGAAGAAGCCGGUGAUGCUGUUCCUCCACGGGGGCUCCUACAUGGAGGGAACGGGGAACAUGUUUGACGGCUCCGUCCUGGCCGCUUAUGGCAACGUGAUUGUGGUCACGCUCAACUACCGGCUCGGUGUCCUCGGGUUCCUCAGCACAGGGGACCAGGCUGCCAAGGGUAACUAUGGGCUCCUCGACCAGAUCCAAGCACUGCGCUGGCUCAGUGAAAACGUGGGGCACUUUGGAGGUGACCCAGAGCGAAUUACCAUCUUUGGCUCUGGAGCUGGAGCCUCAUGUGUUAACCUGCUUAUUCUCUCUCAUCAUUCUGAAGGACUGUUCCAGAAAGCCAUUGCCCAGAGUGGUACAGCCAUUUCCAGCUGGUCUGUAAACUACCAGCCACUCAAGUACACACAACUGUUGGCAGCCAAGGUAGGCUGUAACCAGGAAGAAAAUGCUGAGGUUGUGGAAUGUCUUCGAAGAAAACCUUCUCGAGAGCUUGUUGAUCAGGAUGUGCAACCAGCUCGCUACCACAUUGCCUUUGGUCCAGUGGUGGAUGGUGAUGUGGUCCCAGAUGACCCAGAGAUCCUGAUGCAGCAGGGUGAAUUUCUCAACUAUGACAUGCUGAUUGGUGUCAACCAAGGUGAGGGCUUGAAGUUUGUGGAGGAUUCAGCCGAGAGCGAGGAUGGUGUGUCAGCUAGCGCCUUUGACUUCACAGUCUCCAAUUUUGUGGACAACCUCUAUGGCUAUCCUGAGGGCAAGGAUGUCCUGCGAGAAACCAUCAAAUUCAUGUACACAGACUGGGCUGACCGGGACAAUGGUGAAAUGAGGCGGAAGACGCUCCUAGCUCUCUUUACUGACCACCAGUGGGUGGCUCCAGCCGUGGCUACCGCAAAGCUUCAUGCUGAUUACCAAUCACCUGUCUACUUCUAUACUUUCUACCAUCAUUGCCAGGCAGAGGGCAGGCCUGAGUGGGCUGAUGCAGCUCAUGGUGAUGAGCUGCCCUACGUGUUUGGGGUGCCCAUGGUGGGUGCUACGGACCUCUUUCCCUGCAACUUCUCCAAGAAUGAUGUCAUGCUCAGCGCUGUUGUCAUGACCUACUGGACCAACUUCGCCAAGACUGGUGAUCCCAACCAGCCAGUUCCCCAGGAUACCAAGUUCAUCCACACCAAGCCCAACCGCUUUGAGGAGGUCGUGUGGAGCAAGUUCAACAGUAAGGAGAAGCAGUACCUGCAUAUAGGCCUCAAACCCCGAGUCCGAGACAACUACCGUGCCAACAAGGUGGCCUUCUGGCUAGAGCUGGUACCCCACCUCCACAAUCUGCACACUGAACUCAUCACAUCCACUACCACCCGCCUGCCACCCUAUGCUACGCGCUGGCCCCCUCGCCCACCCCCAGGUGCCACGGGUACCCGCCGGCCCCCACCACCAGCCACAACUCCACCUGAGCCUGAACCAGACCCAGGGCCCCGGGCCUAUGACCGCUUCCCAGGGGAUUCACGGGACUACUCCACAGAAUUGAGUGUCACUGUGGCUGUUGGUGCCUCACUGCUGUUCCUCAACAUCCUAGCCUUUGCUGCCCUGUACUACAAGCGGGACCGACGACAGGAGCUACGUUGCCGGCGGCUCAGCCCACCUGGGGGCACAGGCUCAGGAGGGCUUGGUGGGGGCCCCCUGCUCCCCACAGCUGGCCGGGAGCUACCUGAGGAGGAAUUAGUGUCAUUGCAGCUAAAGCGGGGGGGAGGUGUAGGGGCAGAUCCAGGAGAGACCCUGCGCCCAUCUUGCCCACCUGAUUAUACCCUUGCCCUUCGUCGGGCACCAGAUGACAUGCCUCUCCUUGCCCCUGGUGCCCUGACCCUGCUGCCGAGUGGUUUAGGUCCACCUCCACCCCCUCCACCCCCCACCCUUCAUCCUUUUGGGCCCUUCCCUCUGCCUCCCCCAACCACUGCCAGCCACAAUAACACGCUACCCCAUCCCCAUUCUACCACUCGGGUAUAGGGGGCAGCAUUGGGGGAGGGAGCACCUCGGUUAGCUCUCCCCAAACCAGACAGGAAGGGAGACUCAACAAUGAUCAUGGAGUCUAGGGGUUGGGUUGAAAAGAAUUGUGGGUACUGGGAUGCCCACCCAAGCAUGUCAAUGCACCUUAUUAAGGUGGACACAAGUUUUCACAUCAAGAUGUGCACACUCUGCCCAUGGAGAUAUGAUUUCUUAUCUGGACAUCAACCUUUAGACUUGUCGUGGGAUGACUUUUCCUACUGGGACACAGGUCUUAUGGUGUGAGGAAGUGUGUUUUCACAUUUAAGGCCUGCUUUUUCACAUGGAGGUCUAUUUUCCUAUAAUGGGGCAUGUUUUCCCACGUUCAGAGUGGAUUUUGGGGGCCACCCUGGACACUUUUUGCCCCCCCUUCAAGGAAAUUCCUUCCAGGGUUUGGACCCCAGAAACUUACUCUCUAAAGGAAACCUUGGGAGCAGGCAUUUUUAUACCUGUCAAUGUAAAGUUGGAAUGCCUACCAAUCCAAGGAUUGACACCCAGGAAAGAAGGGUAAGGUGAUCACAGGGAUACCCAGUGAAUCAUGUUUUUUCUAAUGGCAUCAUUUUGAUGAAGCAUGUUCUCCUGUGUAGGCAUGAGUCUUCCACAUGUAGGCACAGACUUAUCAUUGGGUGGGAGGGAGAAGAGUGUAAUUAUGUGAACCCAUGCUGCUUGUGAGCAUCAGACAUGCGGUUUCCCAUAUGGACAUGUCAUAUGGGGAAAGUAAGUUUCCUGUGUGGACAUGUUACUGCAUGUGGAUGUGUGUUUUUCCAUCUGGACGCCCCUGUCUGCCCAGGACUCCCCCAAUUUCCAACCCUCAUCCCCAAUGAACUGACUCCAGUCCCAAAUUCCUUCCUGGACAUUGGAUAAGAAGAAAUUCAAGGCCAAGAGAAGCCAUGGGGAGUUAGCUGCAGACAACAUAAUAAAGUUGCCCUUUAUUUUGUACAAAUUCUAGGGGGUGGGGAGGAGAUAUACACACCCCUUCCCACUCACGGAGAUAAUGAAAUCAACAGGUGGCUGGGGUGGAUAUGGGGACUAAGGUGGCAAUGCAUGCUUGACCAAAGUCCCAGACCAGGAUUUAGGGGGCAGUCCUCCCCCUAUCCCUCUUACCAGCAUUCAUCUGUGCCAAACUUAAGGGUUUGAAGUGUGUCAGACCCUACCCCCAAGUGCCAAGGACUCUUUCCCAGGGAAGGGGGAGGGAGGAGGCUCUGGGGGCCAAUGAGAUAUAUGGGGAGGGUAAACAAAGAUAAGAAGGCCUAACUUUGUGCCCCUACCCAUCUCUCUCUGCCUCAGUUCCUCUCUCUCUCUCUCUCUCUCUCUCUUUUUCUCUCUCUCUUUUUCUCCCCCCCUUUUCCCCACUCCACCCCUCUCUUUCCUCAGCUCUUUUUAUGGUUUAAAUUUUUCCUCUUUUUUUUCCUGCUUCUUUCUCCCCUUGCCUAAGAUAAAUAGACUUAUUUGCCUUCCCCACCCUCUCCUUCAGAUCCCUUGAGCCCUUGGUUGGGCUGGGUGGGGAAUUUGGGGGUGGAAAUCGACCUGAAAAUAGAUUUUUUUCAGCAGGGAGCAGAGGUCUAGUACAAUGUGGGGAUUACAUGGGAUCUGAUACUGGGAAAUAGGGAAACUCAUUCCAGGGCUGCCAGAAGUGUCUGAAGGAGGUAUUAGCAAGAAGAAUUUGAAAGUGGUAAAGUGAAAUAAGGUUUUUUCUUUGAAAACUCUAAAAAACAAUUGGAGUCACCAGUGGGGAAGAAUUGAAAAGGGAGAUGACCAAAAGUUUUUAAGGUUUUGGAGGAAACAAGAAAAAAAAUGCGCCUCCAAUUUCUUGGGGGCAUUUGGU